UGAAAAUCGUUAAUCUAUUAACGUUUACUAUUGUAUUUGAUGGUGAUCCAAAUACUAAAAUAUAGAUUGAUGACUGUGGUACCUAAAAUUAAUCAGUUUCAGUAAAACAAAGGCUGUGCUUUGUGAUAAUGGCAGGCAAAGAUGACGAUGAAGUAAUAUUACAAACGUUUAUGAUUAAAAGAUCACAAAAUAAGAAACUGUUUACCCCCGUUAACUUCAAAGGCCGCUGGGUGGUUCUGAAGCGCCGCGCUCUAGCUUACUAUGAUUCUGAUGGUGAGAGGCGCAGAGAGCGCGGUCGGAUCGCGACGGAAUCUAUCCACACGAUCGAACAGGCGCAGUUGGGUGAACUCAGUAAACAGAUACCCGACGGAGUCGGAGAGAAUACCCUCUACAAACACCCUUUUCAGACUGUGCGCAGGUGGGCUACACUGAGCAGAAUACGGACUACACAUUGUACCUUAUAGUAGGCGACCACAGCGAGCGACUGCAUUGGAUACACACAAUCAGGAGCCUGUGCGUUUGCAACACAAGACGACCACUAUACCACCCCGGUGCGUGGAGUGCUCGCCGUUGGGCCUGUUGCGACGCUGAACGAAGAUCGGCUCCCGGCUGUCAGCUCGCGACCGUUUGGCCGCUGCCUGAGCCCCAGCUAGAGAUCCUUGUGCAGAAGGAGAAUACUAUUAACGACGUUGCACCGACCCUGCUCCGCGGGAUUCAAAUCAGUUGUCGUGGCUCCCUACUAAAAGUCGAUUUUGAGUAAGACUGAAGAGGAACCUAUGGUUGCCAAGAAGAAGUCCAAGAUACCAUGCUUGUCUCUGUCGUCGUUCCUCCCGGCGCUAGAGGCGGUCACAGCAGCGGUCACGAUGCCGGGAGGAGGGGGUGCCCCUCCCGGGACUCCGUCGGCGAAGCCAAAGGACAAGCAAAGAACCAAAGUAGUAGUGGCUCUUUACCCGUUUAAAGCCAUUGAAAGUGGCGACCUUUCUUUAGAAAAGGGCGCCGAAUAUGAAGUUAUUGACGAUUCUCAAGAACACUGGUGGAAAGUCAAAGACGAAAACGGGUCAGUUGGUUACAUACCCAGCAACUACGUGAAAGAGAAAGAAACCAUCGGCUUGCAGAAAUACGAGUGGUAUGUUGGCGAGAUGUCUCGUCAACGUGCCGAAUCCCUGCUCAAGCAAGAGGAUAAGGAAGGAUGCUUCGUUGUCCGUAACUCUUCUACUAAGGGCAUGUACACGCUCUCUUUAUAUACCAAAGUUAACCACCCACAGACGAAGCACUACCACAUAAAGCAGAACAGCCGCGGCGAGUUCUACUUAUCAGACAAGCACUGCUGCCCCAGUAUCCCAGAGUUAAUCAAUUACCAUAAACACAAUAGCGGCGGCCUCUGUUCCCGACUUAAAGCCACGCCAUGCGAUCGACCGGCACCGCCCACCGCUGGACUUUCACACGACAAAUGGGAAAUAGAUCCAUCGGAGUUAGUUCUCCUGGAAGAGUUGGGCGCGGGCCAAUUCGGCGUAGUGAGACGGGGGAGGUGGCGCGGCCGAAUCGACACCGCCGUCAAGAUGAUGAAGGAGGGAACUAUGUCUGAAGACGACUUCAUAGACGAGGCUAAAGUGAUGACUAAACUACAGCACCAGAACCUCGUACAGUUGUACGGCGUUUGUUCCAAACACCGGCCCAUAUACAUAGUGACAGAAUACAUGAGGCACGGCUCCUUGUUCAACUACCUGAGGCGCACUUUGCCUGACCAGCUGGGGCCGGCUGUUCUCCUCGACAUGUGCAUACAGGUCUGCAAAGGAAUGGCAUAUUUAGAAAGGCAUAAUUAUAUACACCGAGAUUUAGCAGCAAGAAAUUGUUUAGUUGGUGAUGAAAACGUCGUCAAAGUAGCAGAUUUCGGUUUGGCGCGAUACGUGCUAGACGACCAGUAUACGAGCUCGGGCGGAACAAAGUUUCCCAUCAAGUGGGCACCUCCCGAAGUUCUUAACUACACUAGAUUCUCCUCCAAAUCGGACGUUUGGGCUUUUGGUGUAUUGAUGUGGGAAGUGUUCACAUGUGGCAAAGUGCCCUACGGGCGGAUGAAGAAUUCAGACGUCGUGGACAUGGUACAAAGAGGGCAAGUUUUAGAAAAACCUAAAGGAUGUCUCAAUGAAAUUUAUAAUGUAAUGCUCGCGUGCUGGCGGCACACGCCCGACGAGCGGCCGUCGUUCCGCACGCUCAAGGAUGAGCUGGCGACGGUCGCGCACGCCGUGCUAGCCGACUGACUGCGCCUGCUGCUGCACCUGCUCCGCCCCGCCGCUGCGGCCUCCGCUGCAGCCACCGCUGCGACCUCCACGCUGCCCCGACAGCGGCGCGUCCACGCCACCUCGCCUGUUUGACCCGCGUGAGAGACACACUAUAGAGAUCCGUUCGUAUCGAACAAUAUUUUAACGAUCCUCAAAACAGUAGAUCCGUUCGUAUAAAAAAAAUGUUAAACACCAUAAAGGUCCGUUUCUUAUAAAAAUGUGCUAAUGAUCCUCAAAAAAGUAAAAGGAUACAAUAGCAAACCUAAAAGGUAGAUUAGGUUAAAAUACACUAACAUCCGCGUCCACACUACCCCGCAGCAACAUUACCGUCUUUCACACUAAAGCCAGUCGGUCGGCCGGUCUUCAGCAAAGGUUUUUUGUAAACAUUCAAAGACAAAUUCACAAAUGUUUGUUUCUGAAAUACGUUUCUCUACACACGCCGUCUACUGCUCAUGCUGCUCACGUGGCCGUCGUACACAAAAUACACGGGGCUGCAUUCUUAACCUACGAUUCAGUUGCAAUGAAUGGAAAAUUUAACAAAAUUGUUUCGUACAUUUUGUGCCAAAAUUUAAACGUCGGAGUGGAAAGUUUUACUCGGAGCGUAGAUUUGGAACGUAGCCCCCGCUAGCAGUUGUAAAAAAAUCGCCGAUGAAGCAAUAUCACAUUACUACUAAAGGGAUACGACGCAUCAAUACCCUGCCUCUCGACCCGCGCGGGGGUGAUUUGUGGAUGUGUUUUCCAGCAGGCUCGUAAAGCAAAAACUUUGUUAAUGCAGACAAAUAUGUGUAUUUAAACAAAGUUUUGUGUAAACGAUUUUCAUGAAUGAUGAUAUGUUUUUGUUAAAUGCGUAGGGAAAAACGCGCGCUGGAGGCUGGCUUGAUAGAGGUCCGUUCGUCCAUACGAAUGUUCCAUAACAAUAUUUUUACUAUUGUUGAAAAAUAUCCACAUACACACCAUAAAAGUCUGUUAAAAAAUCCAAAUAACCCGUUUAUGUUACUAAAGUAUAGUACAAGAUUUUCUGUCGUUGGCCAGAGUAACGAUUUUAUAUAAGACUGCUUUUUUAUUCUUUGUAGUUUUCCAUCUUUGUCUUUCGUAAGCGAUUUUGUGAUAAAGAAAGUACUCCACUAACUCGCAUCCGUGAAUGUAGUGCUGGUAAGUACUCGAGUAUUCCGAACACUUAUUAGAUAGUGACUUAGAAUUUUGAACCUGAAAUUCUUAAAAAAAAGCUCAUGAUAUUAAUUUAAAAAACAAUGUAAUUUAACAGACUCGAUAGAAUUCGAGACUAGUAAAAAUUCUGCUAGCUUUUUAGAAAACUUAUAUCCAUUUUUCUUGUUCAGGUCUAUAGAAAGGAUAUGUGUAUACUGAAAAUUCUAUCGUACUUUAAGAACUACUAAGAUCCGAGAUCUUAUUAAGGCUAAGCACAGGGUUUUUACAGUGUCAAAUUCAAAUAAGUAGUGUAUUGUUGGUAUUUAUAGCAAUGCGGCAGUAAUAAUUAUAAUCAUAUUUUCUUUGAGACAAUAAUUAUUGGGGCAGCCAAAUUAAAUGGAGGAUUUUAGUAAUACCUUGCGAUGACGUCUUUAUUACUAUAUUCUACAUUGUAACAAAGAGCGAACUGGGCACCUACUGAUAAAGACUAAUUGAAAUAAAAAAAAAGUAAAAAUAAGUAUUGUAUUAAUAAAAGAACAUUAAGUUCAAGAACAUGUAAACACUUAAUUCUUUUAGCAGAAAAUAUUGGACUUCCUUCAAAUAUAAACUGUUACAUUAGUUACUAUGAUUAAUUCCGAGCGUGCUUAUAUAUAAUUGAACUCAAUUGUAUAAUGUUGAUUGAACCUAGAAAGUGGCACGUAUGGGUCUCAAAUAAAUCCUUGAGUCGUCACUUAAAUAGAAGCUCGAUUGGUGUUACCAGUAUAUUUUUAAUUUGGUUACUCAUGCCAUACCUAAAGGGUGAUAAUUAUGUAUAAUAAGUAUAUCUUGUAAACGUAUCAUUAUUACGUGAAAUUUUGGCAACUUUUGUAAAGAAAUUAAAACGAAUUUAUAGCGAAUAAAUAAGAGCAUAAUUAAACGUCAAUAUUUCAUUUUAAAAGGGUUAAUUGAUGUCAAUAAGAUAACAUAAUAUUUUUAUCCCCAUAUCGCUCCAGUAUUAACCCACAUUCGAAAUAAAAGAUCUCGUUUAUAAUUCUCAAAUCUAAUAUUGAUAGUGUUUACCGAGUGCAAUGUAAUUGUAUUAUGUAUAGUCGCGGGGCUUUGAUUAUAAUAAACACCGUACUUAUUUAUAUUUUGUAAAAUUACCGUCCACAUUACGAAGGAAAUAAAUUUUAAUGUAAAAAGUACACUUAAAACUUUAAUUGCACCAAAUAUGGACUAUUCCAUUCACCAUAGUAGUGGGAAAUGUAGUGAUAUAAGAAUUUAAUACAAUAGAUGAAUUAUUAUGGACGUCCUCUGGUUACACACACAUAUAUAUAUUUGAUUUUACAAAUAUAAUAUAAGUAAAUGUCACAUGAGGUUUAAACUAUACCUUAACAUCCUAAUUAAUAAACAAUAUAAUAGCUUCGACUAGUUACGCCGUGUUUUGUUUGUAGCACUCAUGUGCCAUUUGCCAUACAAUGAACAAAGACUAAACAUGAAUAGCUUAUCCAAGCUUAGUCUUCGUUUAUUAAUGAGGGGGUUUAGGGUAUUUUCUAACUUUAACCUUGGUUUGUUAAUAAGCGGGUAUUUAUAUACAGCUCCUCUAUUUUUAUUUAAUUUUGGUCUAUAACUCAGUAAAAGGACAAUCAUUUUCAUAUUACAGUUAAAACUAAUUCUUAGUCGAAAAAUCUGCAAGAGAAUAGACGCCAAAGCAUUUGCAUUCUAUACAUUUUUUUCCAGUCUUGGAGGCUUACAUAACUUGAUCAAUGGGGCUUGUAUAUACUAGUAUUUCUGCCUAGGGAUUAGUUUUGACUGUAACAAACACAAGUCAAUGAAUUGGAAAGAUUGAAAAUACGAAUUACUAUAUAUAAUUAAGUUUACUAUACUAGGAUAAAUGUUAGAAUAAUUAUCACAACAUUUUUUUUUUAAAUUUGAAAAUAAAAGUCAGUACAUAUAAUUGCCAACGAAAGACCUUGCAAAAUGUUCUAUUUAUUUCUUGAUUUUCUUAAAUCGAACGUGGACAAUAAGAUACUUCAAAUACGUUAUUUGCAAUUUCGGAAUAUAUGUGGCAAAACUAUAGACAGGUAUCAAAUCAAACACGGUAUAAAUCUACGACGUAAUUCUAAAUAUAUCACUGCCAAUUAUUUCCAUUAAAUCCAUAUAAAACCUUAUAUAAGGCGAGAUUGUGGUCAAACGCAUUGCCUAUUAUGCAUAAAAAAAAAUUAAAUAUCUUGAGGCCUACGAAUUUGGAGACGUAAUUACAGUCGGUAAAUGGCAUUAGGUAUUUAUUACAAACAACGUGCACCUGUGUUACUCAAGUUGUAUUUACCCGUACAAUAAUUAUAAUAUCUCAUUAGAAUAAUAUAGUCAUGGCACAAUUAGUCUCCAGCAUAUUUAUUAUGUUCCAUAAACGCUUAUGACAAUGCUAUUUUAUAUCAUAGUACAUUUGUGUUUACAACAAUUUAUUAUGCACCCUUUACGGCAUCAUAUCAUUACAUUACUUAGUUUUAAAAUGUACAUAGUUAUACAGUAGUUGUUUAAUAUAAAUUCGGUAUUAUUAAAAUUUUGUUAUAAUAAUUAUGAAACAUACAUUUGGUUCCUUUUUUUGUUUUUCGUAACACAAUGUCACUGCAUUUUUAACAAAAUUUUUGUGUGUCACAAAUCAUUGAAGUAAUCCGAUGUUUUUCUUAAUUGAAGGCUGUUAUUUACUUUUAGGCAUUCCUUCUUUAAGAACUAGUCAUGAGUUAGAAGAUAUAAUGAAGAAAAUAAUGCUCAAAUAAGUAUGUAUAUUGGGCACUAUUGUAAUCGCAGUCUUUGUGUGGUGAUAAAGGAAAAAUCAAUUACCAUUACAUUAAACCAAAAUGAAAUAUCAUUAGGAUAAUACAAAGUUUGUCAGUUUGUGUUGUUAAACACAAGAAAAAUACUGUAAUAUUGUAAUAGAACUUUGAUAUAUCGAACAAAAUUCUUGGAAUAUUCAAAAGUUACAUAUUAUGAUGAGAGUUAAGACUCUGAAUAGAGUCAGCCCUUUUAGAUGAGUAUUACUAAUUUUAUAGAAAAAUUCGUGUUUUGAGUAUUACACUGAACUGAACUUUACAGAUGUAAAUCAUAACCCAAUAAAGCCAUGCGUGGAUAUUAUAAGUAUUUUUUUUAAUCUUCUUAAGGAAUUGUUAAGUGUUGGGUCGUGUUUGACGUGUGAAACUGGCCUCACCAGCAGUGACACUUAAAAAUGUGCCAAUUAUUUCCAUUGUAAUUUAUUUAGAUUUUUCCAUGACUGAAUAAGUAAAAUUCGUCAAGUAUUUUAUCUGUCGUAAAUAUGUUUUAUUGUGAUAACAUAUUAUUAUAGUGCUUCGUAUUAGCACUGAUGAUUUAGUUGUAUGUAUUAGCAUUAGGUAUUUUAUAAAGUAUCGUAUUGAUGAAGUACUAUAAUGUUAUGAUAAGAAUUCUAUAACAAGAACAGGUAAAAAUAUAGAUUGAACAUGUAAACAAGUACGUCUUGUUUAAAAAUAGUUUAUUUGUAAUGUGCUUUGGAAUUGUACAGCAAGAAUUAAUUUGUAUAACUGUUUUGUAAAAUUAUUAAGCCAAGUAAUAAAAUAAUUAUUAAUAAAAUUAAGUGUUGUCAUUAAUUAAAACCACGAUGAACAAAAUCCACCGAAAUCAACACACACGCACGGCGUUCUGCAGAGAUUAAAUCUAAACAAAAUAAUCUACAUGAUUUUCAAUAAAUUCCGAUAUCACAUUUAAUUGAGUAUCUUGAAAUGUUGUUGACUAUACAGCAGUACUAUAACUAGAUAGAGGAGCGCAUGUGAAUAGUACUAUGCUUUUUUGAUGCUAACCGUCGUCGUAUUUAUAAACGAAUAUACACCCCGGCAAACUUCUUGAGCAACGACCAUAGACAACCGCUCACGUUCCCUCUUACAACCUGGGAUCCUUUAAAAGAGGCGUGAAGAAGCAACAUGCAGGGCGGCAGGGUGAGGAUGGCUGGUGUGUCAGUUAGAACUGCUGUAUCAGCUAUUUUCGCGCCUGGACUUCACCUUCACUUAACAUCAGGUGGGGUGGAGUUAUUUGUCGGACCUAUCUAUAAAAAAAAAGACAAGGAAUCCGGCGCUGUAGCAGUUUUACAUACAAAAAAGUAUACUGCACAAGUUCAUUUGUCUGUAAUUUUGCUCAAGAAGUUUGCCGCGACCUAUUUUAGACAUUACAUCUGCUUAAGAGUGACUUGAGCAACAUUUUUUAUUUCAUACUUAAAAAAAAUGAUCAAAGUAAGAAUUGACAAAAAAUUAGAAUUCUUAAAACUCGUGUCAUGUUUUUAUACACACAGCAAUUAGCCUAGCCCCAAAGUAAGCACUGUAAGGCUUGUGUUAUGGGAUACUAGGGUAACGGAUAGAAUACAUAUACAUAUUGUAACAUUUAUAAGUAUAUUUAUAUAGAAAUACAUAUUAAACAUCCAUGACUGGAGUACAAACGCUCGUAUUCAUCACACAAAUAUCUGCCCCGAUCGGGAUUCGAACCCGGGACCUCUCCAGACAGCGACACCAUGAAAUCCGGCGUAUAAACCACUUGGCCACGGAGGUCGGCAAAUUAAAGAAGCUAAUCAAAAAUGCCGACGGAAUACAUUCUGUUUCUCUCGCAGGUUACUAAGGACAGCAUGUGCGAGAGGGACAGAAUGCCUUACGACGUCAUUUGUUAUUCGUUUUCUAUUGGCACGAAUUAUAAUUAUAACCAAAUGAUAGUCCCCAUUUUAGUUGCUAAGUAAACAUUUGUUUUAUUGAACAAUUAUUCUACAGUCUAUUUACUUUGGCGUGAGACAAAAUGUAAACAAAGAAUCUGAGAUUCUCAAACUUUUAUAAUGUCAGAAAAUACCCACUAGACCAUGAUUACGUAUAAUUUAUGUAAUGUAACCUACAAUUUAUUAACAACUUUAAACUUAACAGAAAAAAUAACAACAAAUAAAACAAGGAAAUAACAAGAAUUUAAUAAAUAUGAUAGAAUAUGCACGCUCGUGCCAACAGGUUGAUCGGGAGAGUAAAGAUGGCUAACGUAAACCAACCGAUUACAAAACACAACACUUCAACGUAAAAUACUUAAAUAUCUUGUCUACUCUUAAAUUUUGUUGUAUUAUAAUACGUCAUAAGUUUGGGAAUGAUUAUGUUUUUAAGUCUUUUUCCAUGUCAACUUCAGUUGUUAAAAUACUUUCACCAGCAAAAUAAAAAUAUACGAAUUUAUGAUGAGUUCGUACGUUAAAUAUGUACGAAAUAUUUUAUUUUCUUAUUAAUAUGUACGUACCUGAUUUUAAAAUAAUUAACUUAAUGUUUCCCUGCAUUUCCUAUAUAAAUAGUAUUUAAUCUUUACUUUUGUCAAACGUGACCUUAAAAAGUAUCCUUUUUAUGGUUUGUUUACGUUUUGUCUCAUGCCAAUGUGAAUAGACUAUAGUGACAAAUACCGCGUACAAAAAGUCCCGCGAACAAACGGGGGACCGGACAGGACAAAAGUACGCAGAAGGCCCAAAAAAAAUAGAACUCGAACUUUACUUAGCGUUGCGUGCUAGUUCCGAUUUUUACAAACUGAGCCAGUAAUCUCUGUAAGAAUGUUUUCUCUUCUUUUUAAACUACUACAUCAUUUUUGAAAAAUAAAUGUAUCACUACAAAAUUAUCAAGAUACCAAGGACUAAUAUUAUGGCAACAUUAUAUGUUAGUCAACCAACAAAGUACCAGUAUCAAUAUUGUUGAACUUACAACAAUACACAAAAGAUAAACAAAAAAUGCUUGACAACAGCCUUUAUUAACUUAAUAGUGUUACACAAAUAAUACGCAACAAAGCAUGGAAAAUAAUGCUUAUUGUAUGAGUGACGCCAAAUGAAUGUAGAUUUUGUUCUCGAUUUAGGGUCUCCGGUUUUUUUACUCCAUAGAACUAAUCCAUUCCUUUUCGACACUCACAAGCUCACGCCCAAUACUGGUUUACGUUUGGUUGGUUAUUACUUUACAGGACUCAACUCACAACAUUUGCAUUAGUUUGAGUUUAUAAUAAUAAAUUAAAUAGAUAUAUCUAUUUUUUAUAUAAUAUAAGGUUAUCGUAUUAAAAUCAGCGGUCCUAUACCUACUAUGAACUUCAAGAACACAAUGUAGCUUUUUUAUUUGAUUUGUCAUAUUGAUAUUCAUCAGAUAUCGCUAAAAUGAAGUACAUACAGGCUGAUCCAAUUAGUCAUGUCAACAAUUUUUUUUUAGAUUUCUCGCUCCUGGGGGUAUCCGAAAAUACCCCAUAUAUGUUCCGCGAUUUUUCUUAGUUUUCGAGUUAUAUUUUUUUUUGUGUAUUUUUAAUGAUUUCUGCCAGCGAGGUUUCAAAAAUCAUAUCUUUUUUCGCAGUAUUUUUUUGUGACAAAAUUGUCUUGAAUGUUGUUUUUUUAAAAAAGACUGAAAUUACUUAAAGUUACCCAGAAAGGGCUUGAAAGUUGGAACUUUAGUUUUUAGCAGGAUUUACUCAAAAGGACAAUGGGCAAAAUGCACCCAGCUCCGCCAACAAUGUAAUUAGUAUGAAUCGAUAGAUCUAUGAAAAACUAGCCUUUUUUAUUAUGACACCGAAAAUAAAUAUCCUGGGAGUCAAAAGAUAUGACACCGUAAAAAAUAUCCUGGUAGUCAAUAGAUAUGCCACAUGGGCAUAUUUAAGUAGCUGAAUAAAUUCAUUUUAUAAUACCUUCAUUUAUAUUAUUAGUAAUCAAAAUAAUAUGCCAUAUCGAACUAUACAACCAGAUAUACGACAAAGCCUGCCGACUAUCCUGCGCUUGCUCUUACUGAGACAUUUCAAAACGGUUUACGACUGCUGAAGGACUACAGUUGCAAAUAGUCGACUCGUCUUACUUCGUUGUGAUUGUGCGCUCCUCCCUGCUACCUGAUUGAUUUUUAUGUAACACGCUUUGGAUAUUGGAACACGAUUAUCGGUUUUGUCAAUUAGUAUGGAUAAACUGGAAUUAUGUGUUCUCCGAAGUCCGAAGCGUGGACAAGUAUGUGUAAUCUGUGGUCGCUCCGUUUUACAUAGAAAACAAUUAACUAUAACGAACAGAAUGUUUAAAAAAAACCCAACCCAUGCGGGGAUUCUUGGAUUUACUCUAGCGCGGCAGAAUAAUAUAAGGGGACACCCUUGCACCUUAUGAAGUACUCCCAUGAUUCCUGAGCAUCCUAUGUAGGGUCGAACUAACUAACUAAAUUAAUUCCUUGUU